UCUGCUCCCGUCUUACCUAGUGUUACCCCACUUGCCUCCACCCGUCUGGCUUUCGUUCCGUACCUCUAUCAACUCUCUAAUACAGACAGUCAAUCACUUCCUUUCUUUCCUUCUAUCCGCGUGCCGUAACGCGCGUCAUCGUGAGGACCAACAUCCGGGCGGUCAAUAUCGCGAUACUCCGCGUUUUUCGAGGUGUAUAAGUAACGGCGAGGGCAGGUACGACCUUCUCCAUAAGUGCCUUGUCUGCGUACGAGAGAACGUAACCGCAGCCCAAACACCCGAAUCCUCCAUCUGUGAAGAGCGCGAUCUAUAAUGGCUCCCAAUUUCCUGUCCAUGUUUACAAAAAACACGCCAUCUCAUGCAAAUAGCAACCUCGGCACCCAGGGCACACCGAGUUCCCGGUCGGCGUCGCCGUCCUUCUCUAGCCGCAACCCACCGCCGUUCAUCAACAUCGACCCUAAUGCAUCCACCAGCAACAACAGUGCGCGCCCAAGGCGGCAUACAACAGUCGGGAACCUGACGCCCUCGCUCGUCGGCAGUACUGAGUCGUUCCCAAAUGUGACCGUGGUCCCGCCGUCCCCGCACACCACCCAGUUCGGGUCCGACACUCCAGACGAGCAUCUCACACCCCAGUCUGCUCGAUCUCCGAACGCGAUCUCUCAUGAAGAUCAAUCAGCCAGGCGGGUCCCGUCGCUGUCCAAAUUGGGUGCACCCGCGCCCUCCCCUCGCUCAGUAUCCUCGGCGACAGAUGAUGAGGGCGGCACCACCCCUACCCCCGCCACAACUCGCACCGCAUUCUCCGAGCAGGCCCAGGUAAAAGCGCAGGCGCAGGCGCUCUCGCACUUCCAUUCAACCGGGAAUCUCCGUGCAAAGUCGUCUGCGAUGGCCCCGAAUGAGACCACUAAUCACCCGCGCUCUGCCACCAUGGCCGACCAGCGGUCGCUAACUAGCUCGGAGGAGAGUUCCCAGCGCACGCCGGGCAAGAACUCCAGCAAGGACAAGUCACGCAGUGCAUCGCGCAAGAGCUCGUCCGCGAAGAGCCGCCAUGAUCGUGCUGCUUCCGUGCCGUCUAUCCCGACACACCCGCCCAACGCCACCGUCACCGAGGACGGCGUCCUCACUUUCUCGCCUACCUCGGACUCACCUCAAACGUCAAUGAGUGCCCAGCUAGGCAGCGGUCUUCCUGGGACCGACCGUGUGUUGCUUGUCCCAGACCCCUCGGAUGCCGUUUCUACCAACUCGAGCAAUAACCCUUCCAAGAACCCAAAGAAGAAGCGCUCCUGGACACGCGGCGGAAGAACGACGAAUAUUGCGAGCUCCCCGGCGCCGUCGACCGUGUCGUUCUCGCCGACACGGAAAUCCGCAGGUAAAUUGCCCCCCACGUCCGGCACCGGCUCGAGCUUCGUGUCGCCGCGUGCUCGCCGCGCGUCCGACCUUAGGAGCGACGGCUCGCGUAUGACGUCUGCUGGCUACGCUGCAAGCGACGCGUCGGACCGAGAGUCGUAUCACUCUGGUACCGAUCUGCUUGAGGAACAGAGCGGGUUGGACGAUGAGGAUGAUUUGGACUUGUCUGCGGAAGACAUUCCUGUGACUGGAUUCGCUGUUGCGAGUAACAAGCGCAAUCAGGAUUUCCAUGAGUUGUUCCCGACCGUGCCAGAGGGCGACUAUCUCAUUGAAGACUACGGUUGCGCGCUGCAACGUGAGAUCCUUAUCCAAGGCCGGAUAUAUGUGUCCGAAAACCACCUAUGCUUUCAUGCAAACAUAUUUGGCUGGAUUACUGACCUAUGCAUCCCGAUGUGCGAGGUCACCAGCCUGGACAAGCGCAUGACCGCGUUCGUCAUCCCGAAUGCCAUCCAGGUCACCACUACCACCGCAAAAUACACCUUCGCCUCCUUCCUCUCGCGCGAUACAACCUUCGACGUAAUUUAUAACGUGUGGAAGCUGGCCCGCCCCGAGGUUUCUUCGUCCGUGAAUUCGCAGAUGCAGAGCCCGCGGGCCUCGACGGAGGUCCAGCGUGAAUCGGUCGUGGUGCCAAAUGGCAAGGCACUCGUCUCAAUAGCCUCGAUUGGAGAGAAGGGCGGCGGCAAGCAAAAGGUCACGCAAUGUGCGUGCUCGAAGAGCGGCGAGCAUUACAAAGAGCUGGCGAUGGAGGCGAUCAUCCCAGGCACUCCUGAGAAGGUCUACAACCUCAUGUUCACGAGCGGGUUCAUCAAGGACUUUAUGGUGCAAGAGCAGAAGCUCACAGACCUGCAGAUCUCCGACUGGAUGCCCACUGCGGCCGAUCCGAAGCUGCUGUAUCGACAGAUGUCCUAUAUCAAACCAUUGAAUGGCGGCAUUGGCCCGAAGCAGACAAAGUGCGAGUUGCGCGACGAGAUGCUGCAUUGCGACUUCGAUGACUACGUGUCGAUGCUUACGACAACGAGAACGCCCGACGUGCCGAGCGGCGGUGUGUUCUCUGUGAAGACUAGGACAUGCAUCACAUGGGCGAGCAAUAUCUCCACGAAGGUCGUCGUCACCACAGAAGUGGAGUGGACAGGCCGUAGCUUCAUCAAAGGCCUGAUUGAGAAAUCGGCAAUCGAAGGGCAGAAACAGUAUCACACCGACCUGGACAAUUGCAUGCGGCAAUAUAUUCACGAUCACCGUUCCGAAUUCAUACCGGACGGUGUGGACGUAUCUGUAGUCGAGGAAGUCGAGACGCCGCCAGCAGAGACGCCCCCGAGGCCGAUACUAGAGAAAUCCGCCCCGAGUGAGCAAGAACUCCGCGAGUCGCGCACGCUGCGCAGCCUGCAGUGGGCGUAUGACACCUACGAGGGCGCCGUCAAGGUGACGAAACAGAGUACGGAAGGCCUCCUCGACCUGCUAAUGGAGACGUGGGACCAGUCGACAACGACAAACGUUCUGUACUUCAUCAUCGUCUUCCUCGUGAUAAGCAACAUCUGGACGCUCGUGAUAGUCGGCAGAAGAGAGGAGGCAGGCCGAAGGAAGGAGAUGAAGAGGACGGAAGAACGAGAGAAGUGGGUGCAGAAUGUUGUCACCGCGCUGUGGGAUGAGCUCGUCGCGACGCGAAGUCCUCCUGAGGCUGCUCUUUCUUCUGAACCGCGGCCCAUCAGCGACUGGAGAGAAGAUGUCGAUGAGAUAAACGCGGUGCUGGACCAGAUUGACGCGAGGGUGCAGAAAAUUAGGGCAAGCAUAGCGGAACUUGAUUGAUUUGCGGCUGGACUAUGGCUUUCUUAUUUACGGCUGGGUUAAUUCAUCACUGAUAGAUCGUGGACAUGCACAUUGUGUACUAUAUUGGCUGUAUCUCUCUGCUGAUAAUACCUUGUGCACGUUGGUGGCAUAGAUGAAUCCGGAACGAUACUGUAUUAGAAAAUUUAUCUAUGAUGAGAUGAUUUGCUGUUCGAGAGUUACACAGUUGCACUUUUACCGCAAUGCAAUACACAGAAGCCAGAUAACGAGUGGAAGAUGAGAUUCUGCAACAAAGAUCCGUGUCCAGAGCGCGAAGACGAAAACAACCCCGAAGGAAAGAGCGUAUGCUAAU